CAUUCCAUUUCCACCAAUGUCGUCUGAAAUGAGCUUCCAAAGAAGCUGGUGCUCCUUCGUCUUCUUCCCUUCCCUGCUACUGCUAGCGACAAUUGCUCAACUGGCCACCACAACCUUAGCGCAGGCCAGCCCUAACAGCACGGUGGUCGAGGAAGUACCAGGCUGGCUCCGCAUCUACUCCGACGGCACCGUCGAGCGGCUGACACCGCCGGGAGGGGAGGCUAUCACUGCCAUCGUCCCACCGUACUCGGAGCCACGCGGCGGCGUGACCGUCCAUGACAUCUCCACCGACCGCGGCAUUGACGUCCGUCUCUACCUCCACGAGGCGGCUGCAACUGGAUCCCGGCGACCAGUCCUCGUCCACUUCCACGGCGGCGGCUUCUGCGUCUCCCGCCCGUCGUGGGCACUCUACCACAACUUCUACGCUCCUCUCACCGCCAAGCUAAAAGUCGCCGGCAUCGUCUCCGUCUACCUCCCGCUCGCGCCUGAGCACCGCCUCCCGGCGGCCAUCGACGCCGGCGACGACGCGCUCCUGUGGCUCCGCGACGUCGCGUGUGGCAAGAACGUCGGAUACUCUGCACCGGUGGAACGUCUCCGAAAGGCAGCCGACUUCUCCCGUGUAUUCCUCAUCGGCGACAGUUCUGGCGGCAACCUUGUGCACCUGGUAGCCGCACGUGCCGGCGAGGACGGCAUGGGUGCCUUGCACCCGGUGAGGCUCGCCGGCGGGGUGCUCCUCCAUCCGGGCUUCGCCCGGGAGAAAAGGAGCCGGUCGGAGCUUGAGAACCCUCCGAACCCGUUAUUGACCCUGGAGAUGGUGGACAAGCUCCUGGCUCUUGGACUACCGCUGGGGGCCACCAAGGACAGCCCCUACACGUCGCCGGAGCUCGCCGCCAAGGCCGUCGAACAUGUCGCGAUGCCGCCAUUGCUGCUGAUGGUUGCAGAAAAGGAUUUGCUUCGUGAUCCGCAGGUGGAUUAUGGAAAGGACAUGGUGCUUGCCGGGAAGGAGGUGGAGACGAAGCUCAGCAGAGGGGCUGUCGCGCACGUCUUCUAUCUCAACUUCGUAGCGGUGGAGUCAGAUCGCCUUACAUCGAUUCGAACAAAGCAGUUAGUUCAUGCGAUCAAAAACUUCAUCAGUCACCAUUGACAGGAAUCUCAACGACACUACACACAGUCAUGUACUCAUGUGUUUGUAUCAUCUAUCUAUCUUUCCGAUUUGUUCAUCAUCGUGUAUAUGGACAUUAUAUUGUGGCAAGCAGCGUUC